AUGUCGUGCGAUGCAGGGGGCUCGGCUAGAGGCGAGGAGAAAAGGGGCAAGUUUCGCAAGCUGUUUACCUUUAUCGCGGCAUACCCCUUCGUCGCCAUCACGUUGGCCGCCGUGCUACCCAGAGCGGUUCUUCCAUCCAUGAAGUGGAUGCGGCUUAGGAGCGGCCUCAUGCGCCCGGUGGUUGAGGUACACGAGAAAAAACAGGUGUUGAUCGUGGGGUCUUUGGGUAGCGGGACCAGCGACAUUUCGGCAGCACUUACGCGGCUGGGGUUGGAGGUGGGACACGAAACUUCUGACAGCAAGAAUGAGCGCUGCAGAGACGGGACAAUAUCAUGGGCGCAUGGCAUCCGCUUUUUAAGGUAG